GCACUGGGCUCCAUAUUCUUAAAACUUCUUCGAAAUUGUUUUUGUUCUUGCUGGAUUAUUCACGACUUCUCGACACCCCUCGACGACAAACCCCCCAAAUCGCCAAUCAUGGGUAUCGAUCUUGACAACCACCACGUGCGCAACACUCACCGUAAGACGCCAAAGAGUGACAAUGUCUACCUCAAGUUGUUGGUAAAGCUCUACCGCUUCUUGGCUCGCCGCACUGAAGCCUCCUUCAACAAGGUCGUUCUCCGCAGACUUUUUAUGUCCCGUAUCAACAGACCUCCCGUUUCCAUCUCCAGAAUCGCAUCCCAAACCAACAAGGAGGAGAAGAGAACCGUUGUCAUCAUCGGAACCGUCACUGAUGACAACCGUCUUUUGUCCGUCCCAAAGGUCAGCGUUGCUGCUCUCCGCUUCACUGCUACCGCCCGUGCCCGCAUUCUUGCCGCCGGUGGUGAGGCCUUGACCUUGGAUCAAUUGGCUCUCAGAUCCCCAACUGGAAGCAACACCGUUCUCCUCAGAGGACCAAAGAACUCCAGAGAGGCUGUCAAGCAUUUCGGUUUCGGACCCCACAAGCACAAGAAACCAUACGUCGAGUCCAAGGGACGCAAGUUCGAGAAGGCUCGUGGACGCAGAAGGUCCAGAGGUUUCAAGGUCUAAAUGGCCUAAUUGGGAAAGGAACGUUACGAACUUCUGGCUUUGCUGGUCUAGAUACCUCCAAGAAGGGUGGAGGGAUGUCAACAAGCUAUUUAAGGCGAGCUGGAUCCGCAGUACAGUCUUUAGCAUAUGAAUACUACAAGAAAAUGAUGGUAUCGAUGCAGAUAGGAGUAGUAAUCAUGAAUAAUUUGAUUCCACCCUA